AUGUUCACGCCGCUCCAGGGCCCGACCUUCGCCAGCAACACACGCGCCGUCUGCAUCGGCAGCGGCCGCUUCAUGCGCGCCGUGCUGGUUCCAGUGUUCCGCGCGCUUGACUCGGGCGUUGUGGUGGCGCAGACGCGCGGCACGAGCUUUGCCACUGCAUGUGCGGCUGCGAAGGGCAAGUACGAGGUGGACACCAUCGACGCGGAGGGACGCGUGGACACGUCUGUCAUUGAGCUGGAAGCGGUGGGAUCUCUGGGCGUCCCCGAGGGCCGCGCGGCGUUCCUGGAGCUCCCGGCCAAGCUGCCGCAGCUCAAGUACGUUGGCUUCGGCGUCACGGAGGCGGGACUGCAGUCGAACACUCAGGUGAUCAAGGACCUGGCGGAGUUCUUGCAGCACGCCUUCCAGGCCAUCCCAGACAACGAGCUGUCCAUUAUCAACACGGACAACUUCCCCAACAACGGCGACCACAUCAAGAAGCUCGUGCUAGAGCUGGACUGGGUCAAGGCAGCAGACGCCGCCGCAUUCCGAGCCUACUUGGAUGCCAAGGUGCACUUCCACAAUACCAUGGUGGACCGCAUCACGAACCACCGCGCUGGCGACUCGCUGGUGCCUCUCACGGAGCCGCUGCCGGCCAAGGCCAUCGCCAUCGAGGACCUGCGCGGCGCUCUGGACGCCGACAGUCUGCGCAAAAUCCCUGGCGUCCUCGUGCGCACGGACAAGUCGGAGAUCGCCAAGGACUACCUGCUCAAGUUCUCUCUGGGCAACGCGGUCAACUCGGCCAUGGUGUACCUGCUCGCGCUUUCGCGUCAGCGUACGGCCAACCAGUUCAUCAACUUCCCCAUCAUCGGCGAGUACCUGGACGCGCUGUUCGAGCAGGACAUCCUGCCAGCUCUGGUCGCUGGCGACGUAGCUGAGGCCGAAGCGCGCAAGUUCUACGCCGAGUGGCUCGUGCGCAUGAAGCACCCGCACUUCGGCCUCGACAACUUCUGGGUCUCCCAGAACGCGCUGCUGCGGGUCUACGUGCGCCUGCUCAACUCGGUGAACAUCAACAUCGCCAACGACAAGAACUACUACCCGAGCAAGUUCAUGGCCUUCGCGACUGCUGCCGCACUGCGCUUCCUCACGCCGUGGCAGGCCGACUCGAAGCGUGACGCCCCCACCGUCUUCGUCGGCCAGAUGGACCCCAUCCAGAACUGCGCACCGAUCUUCUCGCUCACCGAGAAGACCUGGAACUACGACACCGAUCUGACGGCCAACCUCUCGACGGGCAAGUACGAGUUUGACGACGGCGAGAAUGGCCGAGUGUCUCGCCUGCUGUGGCGCGCGAGCCAGCAGGUGCUUGAAGCCAGCAAGAGCAGCAGCUACGACUUCCCCAAGUCCGAUCGUGCGGAGUCCUCGUCCGAGGUCUCCAGCGGCGUCGGCGUGGCCGUCGCCAGCGUGCUCAGCUCCGUCAAGGGCUUCGACCUCACCAACGACGCCUACGCCUCGUUCGCCGCCGACGUGGCCGCACUGUACCAGCGCCUCGUGUCGGGCAAGCAGACCGCGCUCGAGACUCUCGAGGACGUGCUGCGCAACCACCAGACCAGCGAGUACCUGGCCACCAAGGAGGAGGUGGCGACGUUCGUGCGCGAGGCCGUGGCCAGCGUGCAAAUCAUCGACGUGCACACGCACCUGUUCCCCCCGAGCCACGGCAAGCUCAUGCUGUGGGGCGUGAACGAGCUGCUGACGUAUCACUACCUGGUGGCCGAGUUCCUGCAGACGGCGCCCAUGCAGGUGGAGGAGUUCAACACGUACUCGAAGGAGCAGCAGGCCGGGCUCAUCUGGCAGCACCUGUUCGUGGACCGGUCUCCCGUGUCGGAGGCGUGCCGCGGCGUGCUGACGACGCUGCACUUGCUGGGUCUCGACCACCUCGUGGCCAAGCGCGACCUGCGCGCCAUCCAGGAGUGGUUCAAGCAGCAGGACGCCGAGGAGUACGUGGACACGGUGUUCCGCCUGUCGGGCCUCAAGUACGCCGUGAUGACCAACAUCCCGUUCGAGCCCGAGGAGGCUCGCCACUGGCUGGGCGACCCGGCCUCCAACACGCCGCCGCCCGCGUGGUCGCGCAAGUACUUCCGCUCGGCGCUGCGCGUGGACCAGAUCCUGCUGGGCGACUGGGCGUCCAUCGGCCCCACGCUGGACGUGUUCAAGCUGCCGCACACUCUGGCGGGCGUGCGCGCGCUGCUGGAGAAGUGGAUCGACAUCAUGCAGCCCGAGUACUUCAUGUCGAGCGUGCCCAUUUCGUUCGAGUACCCGGACGAGAACGCGCUUGCGACUAGCGCUGGCGAGCUGCCGAACGGCGCGGAGCUGCUGCUGCAGGUGCUGCUGCCUUUGGCCGAGGAGAAGAAGCUGCCGAUCGCGCUCAAGUUCGACAGCGUGCGGCCGAUCAACGCCCGCCUGGGCGUGGCCGGCGACGGCGUGAAGCCCUGCGACGUGGACAUCCUGAUCAAGCUGUGCCGCAACUUCCCCAAGGUCAAGUUCCUGGCCACGUUCCUGUCGCGCGUGAACCAGCACGAGGUGACGGUGACGGCCAACAAGUUCCGCAACCUGCACCUGUACGGCUGCUGGUGGUACUGCAACAACCCGUCGAUCAUCGAGGAGCUGACGCGCAUGCGCAUCGAGAUCCUGGGCACGGCGUUCACGAGCCAGCACUCGGACGCGCGCGUGCUGGACCAGCUCAUCUACAAGUGGCGCCACUCGCGCGACAUCAUCGGCGAGGUGCUCGUGGACAUGUACGAGAAGCUCUUCGCGACGGGCUGGAAGGUGUCCAAGAGCGACAUCCAGCGCGACGUGCAGCGGUUGUUCGGUCUCAGCUACGAGGAGUUCAUGGCCAAGGAGAUGUGA